ACUCUUCCAAAAUGCCAGAGGAAAGUUCGCCAAAGCGGAGUCCUCAAAACAUCCCGUACAAGGACCUGCCCCACAUUGUCAAUGCUGAUGGGCAGUAUCUCUUCUGCAGGUAUUGGAAGCCAGCAGCAACUCCCAGGGCCCUUGUGUUUAUCGCUCAUGGCGCUGGGGAACACUGCGGCCGCUAUGAUGACUUGGCCCAGAGGCUGACGGGACUUAACUUGUUUGUUUUUGCCCAUGACCAUGUUGGCCAUGGGCAGAGCGAGGGUGAUCGUAUGGUUAUCUCAGAUUUCCACGUCUUCAUCAGGGACAGCUUGCAGCACAUUGAUCUCAUGAAGAAAGAGUACCCCGACCUGCCCAUUCUCAUUCUGGGGCACUCCAUGGGGGGAGCCAUCUCCAUUCUGACAGCUAGUGAGAGACCCAGUGAGUUUUCAGGCAUGCUGUUAAUCUCUCCUUUAGUGGUAGCCAGCCCCGAAGUCGCCACUCCCAUCAAGGUUUUUGCAGCGAAAGUGCUCAACUUUGUUCUCCCAAACCUGUCACUGGGAUCAAUAGAUCCAAACGCAAUUUCCCGGAACAAGAAGGAGAUGGAGUCUUACACAUCUGAUCCCUUGGUCUACCAUGGUGGCAUGAAGGUCUCCUUCGUCAUCCAGCUGAUGAAUGCCAUUGCUAGAAUUGAGCGAGCUCUGCCCAAGCUGACUUUGCCCAUCCUGGUGCUACACGGCUCUUCCGCCAAGCUCUGCGAUAUCAACGGGUCCUAUUUGCUGAUGGACACAGUGCAGAGUCAGGACAAAACGCUCAAGGUGUACGAGGAAGCCUAUCAUGCCCUCCACAAAGAGCUGCCCGAGGUCUCUACCUCUGUCUUCACAGAAAUACUAACAUGGAUUGGCCAGAAGGUCUCAGCAGCUGGGGAAACCAGCCAUACUUAA